CGCGUCAUUCGCUCACCCGGCAUCACGUCAAUGGGGACGACCUCCAUGCGGCUCCACCGCUGCCUGCAGGCACCCGUGCGGACUUGCAACCGGCGCAAUACAUCCCCUUGCACCCUCCAGGGAGUUGCAACGCCGCACUCCAUCCUUCAACCGCGUCCACCGUUGCGAGAAGCAUCGACGUGGGCGCUGGCCGCCGAUGGUCUGCAGCAGAAGUGGAAGGGACUGAAGCAGCGCACGGCAUGGCGCUACAAGACGCUCAAGGAUAAAGACACGGCCAUUGUCUUCAGCGAUGAGAAGCAAAAGGAAGUGCACUUGAAGCCGCGCAACCGUCGUCUGGACGACCCCCUCGCCUGCCACAAUGUGCUGGCAGCUGCGUCCACCUCGAGUUUGAACGGCAUUUUGGGAGCCACGUCGCCCGAAGACUCGAGUCAGUUCUGCAGGACGAUGGUGGGCUUCAUGCUGCAUUCAUGUACCCCGUCUGAGCGAGCGAAAGUGCUCGACGUGCUUACCAAACAGCGGCUGGAGGAGAUCACGAUUGCUAACCGCGCGCUGGUGGUCAAAGCUAUCCAGCGCUGCUUGAUGUCACCGCUGAUCCGUGACAAGGCAGUGCUGCACAGUGCGGCGAAGGAUGUGGUUUGCGGCACGUAUGGAUUGGAGCUGUCGGUUCUGAAGGAGCAGAUUCAUUCGGAUGAAGAGGCAUUUAUUGACACCGCGGGCCACAUUCAGUUCGAAGAUGGUGUGGCUCUCGGAAAAAUCUCGUUUCGGCAAAGUGCCCAUGCACCAGAAGAACCUCCUCACUCCGGAGACCUCACUCAGCUCAUUUUCGGAAACAAGAACAUCACCGAAGUCGUCACAAUGAUGCAGCAUAUCGCGGUUGAGAGCCUCAAAGUGAAAGAGCAACAGCCGGACCUGGUCAAGGUUGUGAGUGAUAUCGAUGACACUCUUUUCCCGGGUUGGAUCGAUAAGCGUUAUCCGCUUCACAUCCCGUACCCUGGCGUCUCGGAUCUGUUCGCUAGACUCUCGCGCGGACUGGCACAGGACGCAAAUGGCGACACUGUGCGUCCGUCCAUCACGUUUCUCACUGCAAGACCCCGCGGUUGGCUGAGCGUAGGACGCUAUUUGACGCUUCAGCACCUGAAAAGUCUUGGCGUUCCCAACGUAACCGUGCUUAAUGGCUCGGUGAAAGGCCUCGUGAGCAACGAGAAGAUCGCCAAUCUCAAGCUGGACAACUUCUCUCGCUUUGCAGCGCUGUUCCCUGAGUUCAAGUUCGUCUUCUUCGGCGACUCGGGUCAAGGCGAUGCCCUGCUGGCAUCGCGCUUGCUUACAAGCUGUCCUGAGCAGGUGCUGGGCACUUUUGUUCACGACGUGAAUCCUAUCUUCGCACUAACAGGAGACGGCGGCAGGAAGCGGGCUUAUGCUGCAGAGGGGGUCGAGUUUUUCGGGACGUACGCGGGGGCUGCGCUGGCUGCAUACAAAAAGGGUUUGAUCUCAGCGGCGGAUGUUCUGGAGGUCGCAAAUGCUUCUGAGAAAGAGCUAGAAAACAUUCUCUUUGUAGGUCCCGAAGCGGACACUCUGAAGACUGAGAGGCGCCGCGAGUUGCAGCAAGAUGUCGGUCGUAUUGACACCACCAUGGUGCACGCAGACGCGCUGAUGGCCAAUGCAGGACAAACGCUGUUCGCCUGCUCGAACCUCGAUACGCCUCUGGGAACAUACAAGCAUGCCGUCAUGCGGGAUCAAGACAUCGUUCAGCUGGAGCGGCCGCUGACUACUGCAGAGCUGCGAGGCUUGGUGCUCAACAACACCACGUAA